CCCUCGGUUGCUCCCUUAUCCCUCUCUUACCCUCCAUUUGCCCCCCGAGACCCCCCAGUGACCCCACAAAGCCGGGAUCGAGCGCUGUUGCCCCACCAAGAGAAUCAACGACAAAGGAGAAGUCUCCGUCUAAGAAGCCAGCGUCAGUUGGACAGCUGUGUACUGAGUAACGAUGAUGAGGAUGAAUCAAGAGAUAAAUGAUGUGUACAUGACAGAUAAAGUGAGUCAAGAACUGGGACCAGUGGAGGAUGAAACUACAAGUUCAAAGCCGUCUGGUCCCAUUACAUGUCCAAUUUGCAUGGAUGUCCACUUGGAGAUUAUGCAGAGUGGACGACUGUUUGUGUCAACCAAACGCGGUCACGUCUUCUGCAUUCAGUACCUCCUUCACUCGCUUAAGAAUGCCAACUCUUGCCCAACCUGCAGGAAGAAACUUACUCACAAACAAUAUCAUCCCAUUUAUAUAACCGACGGAAGCGCCGCAGAGGAGGACUUAAUUGCAGUCCAGUGGCAAAACGAUUGAGGCUGAUGGAUUCGGAAAGAGAAAGGGAUGCUGAAUCUCAGCCAAGGGAAGACAGUGCUGCUGAAGAAGCUGAGGGUUCCCAUCCAUCUGGUGAGGAUCUUGGAGGGAAAACAUCUGAAUCUGAAGUUGAAGACGCAUCUGACGAUAUUGUUCA